AUGCUAUUGGCUGUAAGGUUGGAUGCAGUUGCAGUGUAUAUGAAAGACAAAUCUGAUCAGGAAGAACAGACACAGAAACUUGGAGUGUUUAUCUUCUGUAAUCCUCUUUGCUACGGUAUCUUUAAGAAGUUGGCAAAUAAACAGGACAGAGAAGGAGCUCUGUCAGAAGCAGAUGUAAUUGAGUCCUUAUCUCUGGAAAAGCUUGUCAAUGAACACAAGUGUCUAUGUCAAAUCGAACCUUGCUCAGCUAUCAUGGGCUGUGGGAAAAAAAUUGAUAAGUCAAUAAAAAAGGGUUUAUAUUGGCUUCUGCAUAUCAUAGCAAAAGAUUUUGAUGCCUUAAAUGAGCGCAUCCAAAGAGACACUUCAGAACAAAAAGCAUAUGAAGAACAAAAGAAACUAGAACGAGCUGAGCGAGUGAGAAGGAUACGAGAAGAAAGAGAGAGAGAGGAAGGAAGAAAUGCACCUGAUGAGGAAGACAUUGAGCCUGGGAACUCUGAAAACCCCUUCCAGCCUAUAUCUACUGUAAUCUCUGAGAAUGAAAAGCAAAUUGAAAAGGAAAAGAAGCGACAAAGAUUGGAGAGUGAAAAGGCUACGAUUGUACAGAAAUCACAAACAGAGCAGGAACAAGUGGAUGCCCAGCCCUUAUCAAGCAGCAGCAGCCAAAACACAAGUGACAGUAGGCUAGAAAUGUGCAAUUCUGCAACUACACAGCUUUUGCAGCAUGAGGAGAGCGAGCAGCAAACCUCAGAAUGCCUUGACUCAGAUAACAGUAAGAAAAAAAAUAAAAAACCAAAAUUAAAAAGAGGCCACAGAGUAGAACCUGUUAAUGCAGAGGUCACUGUUCCUAAAAAUCCUACACCAGCACCGGCUCUUCUACCAGUUGGCUGGGGAACUCCUAAACCUAACAGACUUCAAAAACUUGAGCCUCUUGGUGAAACACAUCGUGCUGAUUUCUAUGGGAAGCCUCUGCCCCCACUGACUAUACGCCAAAGACCCAACAGUGAUACCCAUGACAUCAUUGCUUAA